GCGGCCUGAGGACCAGGCAUCGGCCUCCUCUUGCCCCUUGCGGCUGGAGAGUGGAUGCGGUGGGGGUAGGGUGGGGUCGGCGUCCGCAAUCCCCAGGACAGAAGGCAGAGGCUCCCCAUCUGGAUUAUUGGAGGGGAGAGAGCCUCCCCCUGCUUGAGGAGGGGGAGAGCGGGGCGUUGGGCGCCCCCCGCUGCGGCGGCCGCCCUAAGCUUACGGGCAUCGGUGGGCUCUCCCCCUCCUGCCAGGACGACACGAGCGAUCAAGGCCACAGAUUCCUCUCCUUUGGCCUCUGCACCCUCCCCACCCCUGGCUCUGGGGUCGGCCCAGAGAGGAGACACCCUCCAACUCCCACCCUGUCUGCCCAGGAGAGGAGGAACUGCCCUUCCACUCCCCUGAGUGCAGGGCCGGAGGUCCAGGCUGCCCGUGCUCCCCAAGGGCAAGGGUCUCUCUCUGUCGAGGAGGAGGGGCCUGGCAGGCACAACUUCUUUCCUCCUGAGCUCCCCGUCUCUGUCUCUGCACCGUGCAAUUCCCACCCCUCAGUAUUUAUUUCCCUGGCACCCUGCCAGCCCAUCCAUCUCUGUCUCUGGGAUUCAGGCCUCCCUUCCUGACAUGGAGAGUAACCUGUCUGGCCUGGUGCCUGCUGCCGGGUUGGUGCCUGCGCUGCCGCCCGCGGUGACCCUGGGGCUGACCGCGGCCUACACCACCCUGUACGCCCUGCUCUUCUUCUCCGUGUAUGCCCAGCUCUGGCUGGUGCUCCUGUAUGGGCACAAGCGUCUCAGCUAUCAGACGGUGUUCCUGGCACUCUGUCUGCUCUGGGCUGCCUUGCGUACCACCCUCUUCUCCUUCUACUUCCGAGAUACCUCCCGAGCCAACCGCCUGGGGCCCUUGCCCUUUUGGCUUCUCUACUGCUGCCCUGUCUGCCUGCAGUUCUUCACCCUGACGCUUAUGAACCUCUACUUUGCCCAGGUGGUGUUCAAGGCCAAGGCGAAGCGUCGGCCAGAGAUGAGCCGAGGCUUGUUGGCCGUCCGAGGGGCCUUUGUGGGGGCCUCGCUGCUCUUUCUGCUGGUGAACGUGCUGUGUGCUGUGCUCUCCCGCCGGCGCCGAGCACAGCCCUGGGCCCUACUGCUGGUUCGAGUCCUAGUGAGCGACUCCCUCUUCGUCAUCUGUGCACUCUCUCUCGCUGCCUGCCUCUGCCUUGUCGCCCGGCGGGCCCCCUCCACUAGCAUCUACCUGGAAGCCAAGGGGACCAGUGUGUGCCAGGCAGCUGCAAUGGGUGGUGCCAUGGUCCUGCUGUAUGCUAGCCGGGCCUGCUACAACCUGGCAGCCCUGGCCUUGGCCCCCCGGAGCCGGCUGGAUGCCUUUGAUUACGACUGGUACAAUGUAUCUGACCAGGCGGACCUGGUAAAUGACCUGGGGAACAAAGGCUACUUGGUGUUUGGCCUCAUCCUCUUCGUGUGGGAGCUGCUGCCUACCACCCUGCUGGUGGGCUUCUUCCGGGUGCACCGGCCCCCACAGGACCUGGUCUUUGGCUCCCGUUCCUACUUCUUCGACCGGGCUGGGCACUGUGAGGACGAGGGCUGCUCCUGGGAGCACAGCCGGGGCGAGAGCACCAGCAUGUCGGGCAGCCUAGGCUCUGGCAGCUGGUAUGGUGCCAUCGGGCGUGAGCCGGGCUGGUGUGAGGGCAGCCAGACGAGGACCACUCCUCUGCUCUUCUCCCAGGUGCCAGGACCAGGCGGCCAUCACCACAGUCUCUACUCCACCCCACAGACGUGAUUCCCCAACCUUCCUCCUGAAUACCCACACCCCAGCCCCCCUCACCCCAGGCCCCUGUGCCAAGUUCAUCUGCCGCUUCUUGCCCAGGGUCCUGAGGGACAUGGCCACCCCCUUCUCUGGCCGGCUCCUUGCUGCUCCUGUCGUAGUGAGCUUGUGCCAUCCCCCUAGGAUGGGAGACAUGGCCCUGGCCGCCAGAUGCCCACAGCACCCUGGCAUGACCUGCCACCUCCGCUUCCACACCGGAGUCAUCUACCUCUCCUGUGCCUGCCACUCAAUAAACAGUGUCUGUGCCCCA